AUUUCAUACAAAAUAAACUAAAUUCUCAACCAGUUUAGUCACUAGCUUUCUUCUGCUUUAAGCCAUGGCCUCAAAAAAUUUCUUAAGGAGUUUGGUUAUAGUUUCCCUUGUCACAUCCCUAGCCCUGCCAGGCUCUCUUGGAGAAAUAGAAUGUGAGAAUCUAAGCAAAGAAACAUGUUCAUUUGCUGUUUCAUCUAACAGCAAAAGGUGUGUCCUAGAGAAACAUGUGAAAAGAUCAGGUGAAGAAGCAUACACAUGCAAGACAUCAAAUAUUGAAACUGACAUACUAAAAGAUCACAUUGAAAGCGACCAAUGCAUAAAAGCUUGUAAUUUAGACAGAUUAUCACUUGGAAUCUCAUCAGAUGCACUUCUGGAAUCUAGUUUCAUAGCGAAGUUAUGUUCUCCACAGUGUUAUAAGACCUGUCCAAAUAUUGUUGAUCUUUACUUCAACCUAGCAGCCAGUGAAGAUGUGUUUCUUCCUAAGUUGUGUGAGAUGAAAGGUAGAAAUGCUCGCCGCAUAAUGGCGGAGUUGAAAAGCUCUGGUAUUGUGGCACCUGGGCCUGUGGAUCAAAUGUUGUUUGCAGCAUCCCCACAGUCAUUUAGUUCUGUCGAGUUUGCAGCAUCAUCUCCACAAUCAUUUAGUUCUGUCGAGCUUGCAGAUGAACCUAUGGCUGCAGAUCUAUCAUAAGUGUGCUUUGAGAUAUCUCUCUAUAUUCUAUCUAUGGGAAUGAAGAAAGGUAAUAUAAUAUGUAUGCAAAUGAAAUAAGAUGAGUAGCAUUGCUCAGUUGAUAUAAUUUUAUUUUGAUGUUAUGUAUCAUUUUCGAUAUUUGUAACUUGAUUUAUUUUUCUUUUGAUUUGUGUGUAAUUUGUUUAAUUGAUUAUAGUUGUACCUUGU